AUGCUGGCGGAGGUGUCCUGCUCUGGUUUUGAGCCGCAGACGUAUCUCCGAGAACGCUGCAAGAAGUGCUUCCGCUUGCGAUCGAAGCAUGACGUUGAAAAUUCCGACAAUGCCGUAAACCCCACUAAAAGUGGUAAGGGCAAUUCAAAUGGACAGCAGCAGCAGCACACCUCCGUAACUACAAGCAUUAGCGACCCACAGUUUCCUGAAUUUGCCCGUCUCGAUGUGGCGGUACCGCAAGUGAAUGACGAAGACACGACGUCAUGCACAUCAUACAAGUCAGCUAGCUCGAAAGGUCUCUCAAGUGCGAAGUCGGCCGAGAGUAUAUCAUCGAAUCAGGACAGCAAGAGCAUGAUUACAGCCAUUUCUGAAAGCAUUCAGGAUGAUGAACGAGCAAUUACGCCCAUGGAAAGCAGUUCGGUCGGUGGUUCUUCUGAAAUUACCAGUCUGUUCAUAAAACUCAUUCUCAAAACUGUAAUGAACAAUUUUGAUGCGUCAGUGAUGAAAAAUGAAAUAGCUCGUUUAACGGAAGAAGUAACACAGCUGAAAGAAGAAAGACAGAAGUGGGCAGUGAGAAGGGGAAAAUGUCAAAAUGCGGGUGACGAGUCGUUGAUUGAGAUGCUGGAGGAGCGGCUAGCUGAGGCAGAAAACUGUAUACAGGAUUAUCGAGAUGAAAAUACGGUGCUGAAAUGUGAGCUUCGAGAGCUGCAGGAAUGUGACGGAGCAGAAGGUGGCAACGACCCGGAGAAUGCAAAGUUAGCCGAGAAACUGAAGGCAUCGGAGUCGCUAUGCGAGGAAUUGAUGGAGGAGAAUGAGACCUUGAAAGCGGACGUAAAGGAUUUGCAACAAGAAAUCGAAGAAAUGCAAGUUCGUAUUGUAUUUAUUAACUACCUAUAUUUUCUUGCGUGCCGUUAUUUUUGGUAA